AUGACCAAGUUCGACGCGUGCGCCAAGGGGGUCGAUCGUCGAGGGAUCGCGAUCGUCGACGACGUUCUCGCGUCGACGGCGACGGAGCGCGUGCCGGCGGAUGGUUUCGUCGUGACGCGCGGUGGAAAGUUAACGACGACGGAUGACGACGAGGGCGAGCGAGACGACGCCGAACGCGUGCGACGGGCGACGAAAGCGACGACGUCCGCGGUGUUCUUUGACAUCGAGAGCGAUGGACGCGCGACGGCGGUGGUGAUCGCGUACGGAAGGCGGGAGAGGGACGCGACGGCGAACGCGGCGCGCGCGCUCGAUUGGUUCGAGGACGCGCGCGCGUUAGAGGAACGACCGAUAUCGGGGAAAUCGUACGAGGGAGGCGCGGUGCGCGUGAUAGAAGGUGGAAAGGUACUCUCGAUCGACGCACCGAUCGCGUUCGAGCCGACGAAGAAGAAAAAGUUGACGACGCGCGUGGGCGGCGCGGCGCGAAGAGACGCGUGGCUUGACCAAGGCGCGGUGCGGGUGUUUCUAGGAGACAGAAGCGCUGAAUCUGAGUAUGCGAUCCCAGAGCGAGCAGUUUAUCUCGGUGUCGUCAGCGAACGGUCGUUCUCGGCGGUGAUCGAGGAGAUUUCUCGUUCGAUGGACCUUUUCGUGAGCUCGAGUUCGAGCUCGAGCUCGAGCGCGCGCGUCAAACUGAGCGGCGCACUUUUAGACGAGUGCGGGUGCACUGAGGAAUGUGUGUUGCUAGAUUUAAACAGGAACCGUAUUCUCGCAGCUCGGGCGACGCUGGAGGUGCGGAAUGAAAGUGCAGAAUCGACGAAGAGGCGUCUCGAUGACGAGCACCAGGCGACGGGAGCGCGCGUGCGCGAGGCGGUCCUGCGCGGGACAGCAUCUAAGAGGGCGAAAGCGCUAACAACCAAUGCAAAGUGGGACAGUCUGAUAGCAGACGAUGCCUCCGAUCUUUCCUCAGAGGAAGACGUGUGA